AUGGUUGCCUCCUCAACCUCCGCGCAUCCACUCAUCCCGUGUUUGCCAACCACUGUGCGCCGCGAGAGAUGUUCAGCUGUGCCGUGGGAUUGUCCAAUAUUAAUUACGAGGCGCGUUGUAAGCAGGAUCGCCAAACCACUGACUAAGACCUUCUGCACGUACAACAACGACAAACCUUGGUUUACACCGAACCUCAGGAGGCUGCGCAAAGUCAAGGAGGAGGCCUACAGGAGCGGCGUCCGCGACCUGUUCAGGCAGACCAGAAACACACUGAACCGGGAGGUAAGGAAAGCCAGGAGGUGUUUCGGGGAGAACCUGAAGAGACACCUCUCCGCCAAUCCUGAUCCCUCAACAGUGUGGAAAGGUCUGCAGAGCGUCACGGGCUACAAGAAAAGUCCUGUGGAGAGCCCAAGGCUUGCUAACCAGCUAAACAAGUUCUACUGCAGGUUUGAUCGGUCCUCCCACACAAUGGGACUUCCUGCAGCACAAUCUACAUACUCACCUCUCCCCACAACUGCUCUGUCCACACCUCUAUCAUCGUUGUCGCCCACUCUCUGUCUUGCAGAGGCCGCACCCGCACUGCAGAUCCACGAGGAGGAAGUGCGCCAGAUGUUCCGGAGACAAAAGACCAGGAAUGCGGUGAUCAAAUAUUCAGGGAGCACAAAUCUUGCCGCACAUUUAAAGAAAAAACACGACAUCAAAGUUCAGUGUUAAAAUAAGCACUUUGUAUACUACAAUACUCUUGUAAUUUCCUAAAUAAAGAGUUUGCAAUACCUUGUUGAUU